CGCGUUCCCUGCAUUAUCAUAUCCAAGAGCCGAUUGUAGCUCUAGUAGGCGCUCGAGGGAAACAUCACGCAUCUGAUGCGAUGAAGAAACGCCAGCUAUCGCCUUCUACCACUACCGGGAGCAAAUCCGAGGACAGACUGAACGGCGUUCAAGCGAAGGUUGUCAAAACACACCCUUUUUUCUCUAGGACAAGCUCGGCGUCAGUGCAGAAGACUGGGAACAGUCUUACAUGGUUAUCUAGCCCGGAUUGGCCGCAUGAACACUGCCUUCAUGGAGUCAACCUGCAUCCUAAGCCAUCCAGUCGGAUUGCCGGGUUUGAUUUGGACGGCACGCUAAUCAGUGGCAACUUUCGUGUCAAAGACAAGAAGGCCUGGAGUUGGUGGAGAAACGUCGUACCUACGAAGUUGAGACAACUACAUGAAGGAGGCUACGCCAUCAUAAUAUUUUCCAACCAGAAUAUAAACCAUCUCGCGGUUUGGAAAGAAAAAUUGCAACUAAUUGCUGCUGCGCUUCCAGACGUUCCAUUCCGAAUAUUUGCUGCCACACGCAAGGAUGGGCACAGGAAGCCAAUGCCGGGAAUGUGGCACGAACUCGAGCGCAUAUACGCACUUGACGGGGUAGUCAUCGACAAAGGUGCUUCGUUCUAUGUUGGCGAUGCAGCCGGCCGACCUAGUGGACCCAACGGCAAGGAUCACGCCAGCUCCGAUAGGCAAUGGGCGCUUAACGUUGGUGUUCCGUUCUUCACGCCAGAGGAGUUCUUUCUGGAGCUUCCAGCGUCCCAAUACAAAAUGGAAGGCUUCCAUGUAUCCACACUGUCGGCUCAACCUCUUUACACCCCUACCUCGACACCACUCCUCUUUAGAGCUCCUACAGACCAGGAACCUUAUACAACUUCGUCAUCUCAGAGCGCGAUCACUACGUCCGCUUCUGGCCCGAAAGAGAUCAUACUUUUUGUCGGACCCCCAUGCGCUGGAAAAUCCUCUUUCUUUCGCACUCACAUUCAGGUGAUGAAUCACUCGUACGUUCAUGUUGAAGGUCGAGCUCUCAAAGCGCGGGCGAGAUGUGCACAGAAAGCAGAAGAAGCACUAAAGGAUGAAAAGUCAUGCGUCCUUGACGAUACGCAUGCCAGCAUGUUCUCCCGAAAAUAUGCAAUCACUCUAGCUCGAAAAUUCGAAAUACCGAUCAGGUGUUUCCUAUUCACGGCUUCUUUGGAGCUUGCUUGGCACAACAAUCUAUACCGCGCCUACCUCCAACCGCGAAUAAUUAGUGAUCAGAAACUGUCCCGACCUGCGUUGCCGAAAGAGGAAUUUCGUGCCUUCCGGGAUCAAUACCAAGAACCGACGAUCAGUGAGGGUUUUGCGGAGAUCAAACGUAUCAACUGGGUGUGGAAUGGCACAGAUGAAGAGCGUAAAUGCUGGGAGUUGUGGACUCUCCCGAUGAAGUGA